UCAUGAUAGAAAGAUUUGGAAACCAAUCAACUGCAUCUAAUUAUUAUCUUCCAUCGAACAGACGCAACCGAAAUUGCGAGGAGGACAAUGGCUUCUAAAGAACUUUUAUGCUUUAUUUUCGUAUGUUUCUUUGCCUCGGUAACUGCUACAUCCUGUACGAGCGACAGUGAUUGUUCCUACAGUGAGUCCUGUUGUACGGAUAAAGUCUGCAGAGAAAGAUGUUACUUCUGUUCGUAUGACUACCAGUGUGGAACGAGCGAGCAGUGCUGUAAUAGCAAAUGCAUUAGUGAUUCGUCUACUUGCUCCUGUUCGUACGACUUCCAGUGUGGAUCGAGCAGGCAAUGCUGCAACAGCAAAUGCACCAGUAGUUUUCUUUCUUGUUCCUGUUCGUUCGACUCUGAAUGUGACAGCGGCGAGAAGUGCUGUAAAUAUGAUAGCAAAUGCAUCGACAACUGGUCUUCUUGUUCUUGUUCGUCCGAUUACCAGUGUGGCACUGGAGAGGAUUGUUGUAGGGGAGUGUGUUCUUCGUACUGUAGUUGGAGCGGCGGAGCUAUUGCAGGCGCUGCAAUCGGUACAAUUAUCUUCCUCGCCAUCAUCAUCUCCAUCGUAUCCUGCCUCUGCUGUGCUUGCUGUCCGUACUACCGCUAUCGUACACCUGGUGCUGUGGUUGUCACCCAACAGCCGCAACAACAGCUCGUCUCAACUCAAACACACAUGAUGACAACGCAGCAAGCACAUCCUCCUCCGCCGAUGAACUACAACCAGCCUCCUCCGGGUUACAAUCCGCCUCCUCCAGGUUUCAAUCAGGCUCCUCCGUCUUAUCCAAGCUACCCACCGCCACCAAGCUAAUAUCCUGUACCGCCAGGACAAGGUCAAGCGGCACCGUUGCCGGCUGCAUUUAACACUGAACAACCGAACAAGUUAUAGCUAAUGUAAACUAGUGCAAGCUAACUCAUUCAAUUAGAAUAAUGUUCCAGUGAUUUGAGUAACCUUCGGUUUUUAUUUCCAUUUAUAAAGAUGUAGACGAGGUCUUACUAAAGAUUCUUGAUUGAUUUGCACGCUGUAUUUCAUCUCACUAUCGUCGUUCAAAGACAAGCAAAAAGUAGACAUACGUUUCCUGUAGACAGGAUUUUUGUAGGAUAUAGAUGGGUUCGGCUAUUAGCAACAAUAUUUAUAUUCUAGAAUGAUUAAUGCAUUCUUAAAAGUGUAGUCUCACUUUCAGUGUCGUAUUAAACCGAUCUGGCCGUAUUUAACCCAGUCCAUGCUUCCAUUCGGCUUGAUUGUGAAAUGUGAUCGUGUCGAAUAGCAGUAAAAUGGUAAUCUCAAUAACAUAUUUACACAGGUUAAAAAUCUGUGUUAUUAGCUCGGUUUUCUGUUAUUGUAAUUUGGCCGCUAACACAUUUACAGACACCAGUAGGAUCUGGCUCAUUCCUCUUCAGGGAGAUUUGUUACCUUUUGAUAUUCUUCUUUUAGCUGAUCGGAUCUUUAGCAGAUCCAUCGACAUCAUAUGCUGUAUCGAUGUCGAGUUGUAUUUACAUUUGUGUGUUGUCUCAAUUUUGUGAAUAAUAAUUUUUUUUUAAUCCGCC